GAUCAAUCAAAAUGGAGUGGUCCGAAAAAGAAACAUUCCAGUUUUUGGAACUAUUCCAAAAAGAACCAAUCAUUUGGGAUCCCAAAAACAAAUUGCACAAAAAUAACCAGAAACUGAACGAUGCUUGGGUAAGGUUAAGUGAAGAAAUGUGUAGACUUGUACCUGAGUUAAAAAAUAAAAAAAAUUCUCUUAUGGCAACCUUUCGUCAGCAUCUGCGGCGCAAAAAACAAUCAUUACAAUCCGGUGCAGGAGAAGAUGAUGCUUAUAAGCCAGUGUGGCUGUACUACGAUGCCAUGGAAACAUUUUUGGCAUCUGUUUAUAAGUGUCAUACCACUAUCAACACCGAAGAAGGACUUCAUGAAGGACUUUAUUCUGUGCCACUGUUGAUUGGACAUUGUAUCACAACGUGUUUGCCAUCGAUGCAACCUACACAAUGUGGAUAUCACCAGUUCUACCCAAUGUCGACGAUGAAACACACAAUGAUAACUAGCAAAAUAACAAGCUUACCAAUGACCAACAUGAUGAACAGAAUAGCGAGAAACAGAAACCAGCGAACAAUAAAAAAACCUUUAAAUCACCUAUCACAAAAAAGCGUACCCGUGAAGAUAGCGAAACAGAUAUUCACAAGCAUAUAAAAGACACGGUAUCUAAUUUAAAUAACAUGUUCUUAAACAGGAAUUGAAACGAUGAGUGCGACUUGUACGCGCAGUUACUGGCUACAAGAUUGAGAGAAUAUUCAAAACAAGAACGGCGUCAGAUUAUGCAUGGCAUUGAUGGGUUACUUCUGGCAAACCCUCCUCAACAAUUGCAGAAAUUUGACACAUACUCCAGAUAUACACCAUCGCCGACAUAUUCUUCAUCAUCGUCCAGUAGAGCACAACAAUCACCCAUACAAAUAUCUAACCCAGAUCGUCCUACUUCUCGUAACAGCUAUGUAUCGCAACCACACCAAUCACCCAUACAAAUAUCUAUCCCAGAUCGUCCUACUUCUCGUAACAGCUAUGUCUUGCAACCACAAGUUUUGGGUACUAUAUCCUCACAUUCAGGAACUGCUACUGUUGAUACCGUUUUUUCAUCACAAGAUUGUGCCACUGUCCUUUCUUACGAAGUUAUACAACGUCCUGAUUCUAAUAACAUUAUAGAUACAGCGUUCUUACAUGCUUUAAGUGACCAACCCUAUUAGUUUUAAUAAAUCGAUAUAUGUAAGCAAGAACUAUAUUAUAAACAUACACGUACUACGUUAUAUGUAUAGAUGGAAGUUGAUGCGAG